AUGGUGAACGACUCUGUGGAGAUUACUACUAUAUGUCCCGAUGUUGAGAACUCGCAGUUUCUGCUAAGCAGCUCGGUUCAAGACCUCAGAAAAGUAUCGCAAACACCGCUUGGUACAGUUCACAGGAGUCUUCCUCGUAUUAAGAUCCUGGGUACAGGUGGUACUAUUGCCUCAAAAGGUAGUGACAGCUCCCAGACUGCUGGCUACCAUGUUGAUUUGACCAUCCAGGACAUGCUGAGUGCCAUUCCGGACAUUUCAGGUAUCUGUGAGUUAGAAUAUGAGCAACUGUGUAAUGUUGACUCGAAGGAUAUCGACGAGGCGCUGUUGUUCAAGAUAUACAAAGGUAUCUCUGACUCCCUGCAGAGUUUUGACGGUAUUGUCAUCACUCAUGGUACUGAUACUUUGGCUGAGACUGCGUUUUUUAUAGAGAGCACCAUUGAUGCUGGCGACGUACCUAUUGUGCUGGUUGGCUCUAUGAGACCAUCCACCAGUGUUUCUGCAGAUGGUCCCAUGAACUUGUACCAAGCUAUCUGUAUCGCAUCGGAUAAGAAGUCCAGAGGCAGAAGCGUCCUCGUUUCCCUGAAUGACCAGAUCUCUGCGGGUUACUACAUCACAAAGACCAAUGCUAACAGUUUGGACACAUUCAACGUAAGACAAGGUUAUCUCGGAAAUUUCUUCAACAACGAGAUCCACUACUAUUACCCACCAGUGAAGCCAAUGGGUUGCCACAAAUUCAAGUUGAAGUUCGACGAUGUUGAAGAAAAAUACACAGGUUUCAACUUCCCAAAGGUUGCCAUCCUAUACGCACACCAAGCUUUUGAGCCAGAGCUAUUUGACCUUGUAUCAGAUAAAUACGAUGGUAUCGUGAUAGCUACUAUGGGUGCCGGUUCUUUGCCAGAUAACGUGAACCAGAAGGCACUCACUUUAAAGGUCCCAAUUGUCUACUCAAAGAGAUCCAUGGAUGGUAUGAUUCCAGUGGCUAACUUGCCAAAGGCUGCAGACGGAACACAUAACUACGUGAUUGCUUCUGGGUACUUGAACCCAGAGAAGAGUAGAAUCCUGCUACAACUCUGCCUGGCAGGUAAGUACAGCUUGCAUGAGAUAAGGCACGUCUUUGCCGGUGUCUACGGUGGCUAG